CAAGGGAGCGAGAGAAAGGUGAAGCGACGACGGCGAGAAAGAGGAGGAGGAAGAAGAAUCCACGGAAACGUAUAUUUUACUCGCCGCGAAACCUAAGACAGACCAAAGAUGAUGGACCAAACGAACCAAGGCUCGAGCUCGUCUUUUGCAAAUACGCGUAAAAGGGGUCGUCAUGAAGGCCAGGGUCAGCACCCACCUGUUGUUAAUGAGAAUCUGAUUGGUCAGGUUUUUUCUGGUGUGGUUGAAGGUUCUUUCGAGGCUGGUUACUUUCUCAACGUGAAGGUCCUUGACACUGAGAAGCAACUCAAAGGCAUCGUUUUCUUACCAAAUAAAGUAGCUCCCGUUACUCCAGCUACUGAUCUGUUUCCCCAAGCUAAGAUGUAUGUUAGAGAACGUAUCACAACUCCACCUGAGGUUAAGAAAAAUCAAUCUGCUAUGCUGCCUGAUAAUCAACCAAUGAGUGUUGGUUCCGAGGCUGUUGAUGAGAGGAAUCAUCAUAUGGAUACAGAGAUGAAAGAUGUUGGUCUCACUGAAACUAAAGGCCAAACACUCUCUCUGAUGCCACAGUUUGCUAGUGAUGAUGUACUCAAAGAGGAUCACACUGUCCUGACAUCUGAAGCUUGUGAAGCAAGCAAGACAGCAGUUACGGCCACUUCUUCUUUACCUGAAGAUUCUACCACUUUCGUUGAUUUCUUUCCAGCACCUGGGACAAAUCGAAAACAAGCAACCGGAUCCAGCUCGUCUUUCAGCCUUGAACUCUUUCAGAGUGAGACUAAUCAACUGGGAACUGGGGAUGAGCCUCGUGGAGUGGAGGUGAAAUCGGCCUCUCCCGUUGAUGAUGAUGUGCCAGAGGAGCUUCAGCUAGAGCUUGGCAACAAGAAAAUGAAUGCUUCAGCCGUUGCAGCAACUGAAGCAAAUCCUGAUCAGCCUGCGUCAUCAAAGAGUGGUUUCUUGGUGGAUUUGUUUGAAAGUAGAGAAGAGACAGUGAAAGAACAAGAACAAUCUAAUGCAGCUUCAGAGAGUGUCUUCUUGGAGGCAGCAACACAAGUAGAUGAUGAUAAUGAUUCUUGAGAAGUGGGAUUGCAACAUCAAAGAAACAGAAGUGCUUUUGUUUUCCUUCUAUUGGUUAGAAACUUAGGGUAGUUAGCGAACUUAUCAGGCUCUUUCUUCUGUCUCUCAUUUAUGGCAUACUGUUUUUGCUCAUUUGCCAUCAAACAUGCUCUUUGCUAUGUCUUUUGCCUUGUUUUUUUUUUUCCACGUUUUGUGAAACUUUGGUGGUUUCUUUCAACUUGGUGUUUUCGGUUUCCUCAAAAUGACUACUUGUCGCAACUUUAUCUUCCACAUUUCAAAAAUGUAGGUAAAAUCUAUCAAGUCACAGUCAAUCUAAAUAUCAUAUACUAGGUGUUUAGAUGUAUUAAUUAUUCAAAGACUAUUAAAAUAAGUUAUUAUUGAA